UGUUGAUUACUUGUAGUACUGGACCCUCUGCUCAAUAACAACUCACACCGGGUUACAUAAUUGGCGCCAUGGAAUCGCAUGGCAAAGAAGAAAAUAAAGGACCCGUACUACAUAUCGUAGUGGUUGGAUUUCACCAUAAGAAAGGCUGUCAGGUGGAGUUCUCAUAUCCUCCAAUCAUUCCCAGUGAAGGCCAUGACAGUAAUACCCUCCCCGAAGAGUGGAAGUACCUUCCCUUCUUGGCGCUGCCCGACGGCGCCCACAACUAUCAGGAAGACACUGUUUUUUUUCACUUGCCUCCUCUGAGUGGGGAUACAAAAUGUGUGUAUGGGGUUUCCUGCUACAGACAGAUAGAAGCCAAGGCCCUGAAGGUGCGGCAGGCUGAUGUUACAAGGGAGACGGUGCAGAAGAGUGUGUGUGUUCUUAGUCGAGUGCCUCUUUACGGUCUGCUGCAGGCCAAACUUCAGCUUAUCACGCAUGCCUACUUUGAGGAGAAAGACUUUUCUCAAAUCUCCAUUUUAAAGGAACUGUAUGAGCAUAUGAAUGGAUCUUUAAAGGGAUCAACCCUGGAAGGCUCGCAGAUGUAUCUAGGCCUGUCUCCAAGAGACCUAAUAUUGCACUUUCGACACAAGGUUCUCAUUCUUUUCAAACUCAUUCUUCUGGAGAAGAAGGUCCUGUUUUAUGUGUCUCCUGUAAACAGACUAGUCGGUGCACUCAUGACUGUCCUUUCUCUGUUCCCUGGUAUGAUUGAGCAUGGUCUGGCAGAUUCCUCUCACUAUCGGCCCAGGAGUAGCGUGUCAGAGGAGCUUAGUACGGUGGAGGGUGUCCCCGGCGCGGAGGAGUUUGUGUCCGUCUCCGUUACGGACAUCGCCAACGCCACGAGGGAGCUGGAGGGACAGUUGACAGAAGAGCGCAAAGAGGAAGCCACUAAAUCAACCACCAGCCCCACUCAGACACCCACAACUCCCCAGCCCACCACGUCAGACCCUCACCAUCUGAAGCCCCCCUCCCGCACCUCUCCGGAGUCCUCCGAGAGUGACUGGGAGACCCUGGACCCCAGUGUUCUGGAGGAAGGAGGUAGCGACAGCGCCCCUAAGGACGAAGAAGCCGUCGAGCACCCCGAAACGUUUGAGUCCGAGUCCGGCCUGCCCAUUACGGUCCAGCCGCAGUCAGUGACCGGCCAGAGUGUCCUAACACAGGGACUUGUGUCUGGACUGGAAGAGGACCAAUAUGGAAUGCCUCUGCCUAUCUUCACCAAGGGUUACUUGUGUCUACCGUAUAUGGCUUUGCAGCAGCAUCACCUGCUAUCAGAUGUGACUGUGCGAGGCUUUGUUGCCGGAGCAACCAACAUCCUCUUUCGUCAGCAGAGACAUCUGAGCGACGCCAUCGUCGAAGUAGAGGAAGGUCGUGUUCAGAUCCAGGACCCAGAGUUGCGCAGAAUCCUGAGUCUGAGCACGGCUGACCUGCGUUUUGCCGACUACCUGGUCAAACACGUGACCGAGAACCGAGAGGACGUGUUUUUGGACGGAACCGGCUGGGAGGGCGGUGACGAGUGGAUAAGGGCCCAGUUCAGCCUGUACUUACACUCCCUUCUCUCCUCCACGCUACAGCAAGAUAAUGAGAAGCUGUUGGCUGAUUACGGGGCUCCGUUUAUCGGCGCUUGGAAGAUUACACACAAUUACAGGGUGUGGUUCAGCAACAAGCACCCGGCUAUGAAAGAGAUCACACCAGGACACCCAUUCCAAGGCCAGUAUAGUGUGGCAGAUGUGAAGUUGCGCCUCUCACAUUCCGUGCAGAACAGCGAGCGUGGGAAGAAGUUUGGGAAUGCCGUAAUGACCACCAGCCGAAGCGUCGUACAGACAGGGAAGGCAGUAGGUCAAUCAGUGGGUGGAGCCCUGACCAGUGCGAAGUCAGCCAUGUCAUCCUGGUUCUCCACGCUCGCUCAGCCAGCUGUGGUGGCAAAUCCAGUCUCCACUUCAGAGCCCUCAACAGCCAAGGAGUGAAUCACUGGCCCUCAAUCUCUCACUCUAAAUACACUGUUUAAAACGACUAUCACCCAACACUAACCAGCAGCCCAGACCACACCAUGCUGAGCUUCAUUGUCCCGACGCUCAUCUCACGCUCUACUAACCAUGCCCAUUUCCCAAAACCAGUCUUACUCAGUGCCUCCAAAAAACGCAUUUCUAACCACCAUUCAACCUCCUAGUUUGCACCUAUUCUCUCAUCAUCACUCUAGCCCAAAGGAUUGAUUCAUCUAGUAUCACCGUCCCCCGCCCACUCUUAUCCAUUCUUUUACCAGUAAUAUCUCCUUAACUCUGCUGGUCUUUACCAGCCGGCACAUCCACUCCUGAGCUCCGCGCCUCCGAUCUGUAACCUUAACCUUGACCUUGACUUUAAUCAUUCAAAUUCUCCCUUUUGCCCUCCUACACUAAACAACGGACACAAACACUACGUAGUGCUGUCCUGUAACACACAUACACAGGAAGAUGGACUCUGUGUAUGCUGGAUAGUAGGGUAGCAGAGAGAUGGACUCUGUGUAUGCUGGAUAGUAGGGUAGCGGAGAUAUGGAGUGUGUGUGUGUA